AUGCGAGCCACCGCUCUUCUGGCACUGGGCUGCUAUGCCGCCGUGUCGGCUGCCCAAGACGACGCUGAGGCAGAGGCCAGCUCCUCGUCUUCGCUCGAGGCUUCGCUGCCGACCUUCACCCCCACCACCCUCAAAGCUCCCUUCCUCGAGCAGUUCACCGACGACUGGGACAGCCGAUGGAAGCCUUCGAACGCAAAGAAGGAGAACACCGAGGAGGAGUGGCAAUAUGUGGGCAACUGGGACGUCGAGGAGCCCGUCGUCUUCAAGGGCAUUGCUGGCGACAAGGGUCUCGUCCUCAAGGACAAGGCUGCCCACCACGCCAUCUCCGCCAAGUUCGACAAGCCCAUCGACAACAAGGGCAAGACGCUCGUCGUUCAGUACGAAGUCAAGCUCCAGUCCUUCCUCGAGUGUGGAGGUGCCUACAUGAAGCUCCUCCAGCAGAAUGCCAACCUCGGCACUGACGAGUUCUCCAACGCCUCGCCAUACAUCAUCAUGUUCGGCCCCGACAAGUGCGGUUCCACCAACAAGGUCCACUUCAUCUUCCGUCACAAGAACCCCAAGACCGGCGAGUACGAGGAGAAGCACUUGGACGGCGCCCCAUCGGCCGAGAUCAACAAGCUCUCCAACCUCUACACCCUCAUCGUCAAGCCAGACCAGACCUUUGAGCUCCUCGUCAACGACAAGUCUGCCAAGAACGGCUCUCUCCUCGAGGACUUCACUCCCGCUGUCAACCCACCAAAGGAGAUUGACGACGAGGAUGACAAGAAGCCAGACACCUGGGUCGAUGAGGCCAAGAUUCGCGACCCCGAUGCGAAGAAGCCUGAGGAUUGGGAUGAGGAUGCGCCAUACGAGAUUGUCGACGAGGCUGCCACCAAGCCAGAGGACUGGCUCGAGAAUGAGCCUCUCACCGUUCCAGACCCAGAGGCCGAGAAGCCAGAGGACUGGGAUGAUGAGGAGGACGGUGACUGGGUCGCUCCUCAGGUUUCCAACUCCAAGUGCGAUGAGGUCUCUGGCUGUGGCCCAUGGGAGAAGCCAAUGAUCAAGAACCCAGAGUACAAGGGCAAGUGGAACGCUCCUCUGAUCGACAACCCCGCCUACAAGGGCGUCUGGGCACCACGCAAGAUUGCCAACCCAGCUUACUUCGAGGACAAGACUCCAUCCAACUUUGAGCCCAUCGGCGCUAUCGGCUUCGAGCUCUGGACCAUGAACGAGAACAUCCUCUUCGACAACAUCUACAUCGGCCACUCCAUCGAGGAUGCCAACGCUCUCAAGAAGGAGACUUGGGCCGUCAAGCGACCAAACGAGGAGAAGGCCGAGAAGGAGUCGAAGCCAGCCAGCGACAAGGCCGACGACAAGAAGUCUCCAUUCGACCUCGUCUUCAUGGAUGACCCAGUCCUCUACAUCAAGGAGAAGACCGCCCUCUUCAUCGAACUCGUCCAGAAGAACCCCGUCGACGCCAUCAAGUUCGUCCCUGAAGUCGCCGGUGCCAUCGGUCUCGGUAUCGUCACCCUCCUCGUCCUCAUCCUCGGUGCCGGCUCCGGCGCUGCCCCAUCCGCCGACCAGGUCAAGGCCAAGGCCGCCCAGGCCAAGGAGCAGGCUCAGAAGACCAAGGACCAGGUCGCGGACGCUGUGGCUACUGGUGCUGAGAAGGCCAAGGAGGAGGCCAGCAAGAGGACAACCAGGAGCGCGGCGAAGGAUGAGCAGUAA